AUGGCCUUCACAGACCUGCUGGAUGCCCUGGGUGGCGUGGGUCGCUUCCAGCUCAUCUACACGGCCAUGCUGCUGCUGCCCUGCAGCCUGCUGGCCUGCCACAACUUCCUGCAGAACUUCACGGCCGCCGUGCCCCGCCACCACUGCCAGGGCCCCACCAACCACACUGUGGCUGCCACUGACAACUCAGGAGCCUGGCUGAGGGCCACCGUGCCCCUGGACCGGCUGGGGGACCCCGAGCCGUGCCGGCGCUUCACAGAGCCUCAGUGGGCCCUCCUGAGCCCCAACACCUCCGUCCAGGGGGCGGCCACGGAGGGCUGCAGGGACGGCUGGGUCUACGACCGCAGCGUCUUCCCGUCCACCAUCGUGAUGGAGUGGGACCUGGUGUGCGAGGCCCGCGCCCUCCGCGACCUGGCUCAGUCCAUCUACAUGGCCGGGGUGCUGGUGGGCGCCACCGUGUUUGGCACCCUUGCAGACAGGCUGGGUCGCAAGGGCCCUCUGGUCUGGUCGUACCUGCAGCUGGCAGUUUCGGGGGCCGCCACGGCGUACGUCAGCUCCUUCAGUGCCUACUGCGUCUUCCGGUUCCUGAUGGGCAUGACCUUCUCCGGCAUCAUCCUCAACUCCCUCUCUCUGGUCGUGGAGUGGAUGCCCACCCGGGGCCGGACCGUGGCAGGGGUCUUGCUGGGGUACUCCUUCACCCUGGGUCAGCUCAUCCUGGCCGGAGUGGCGUACCUGAUCCGCCCCUGGCGGUGGCUGCAAUUUGCCGUCUCUGUUCCUUUCCUAGUCUUUUUCCUCUACUCUUGGUGGCUGCCAGAGUCAUCGCGCUGGCUCCUCCUUCACGGCAAGUCCCAGCUCGCUGUGCAGAACCUGCGCAAGGUGGCUGCCAUGAACGGGAGGAAGGAGGAAGGCGAAAGGCUGACCAAGGAGGUGGUGAGCUCCUACAUCCAGAGUGAGUUUACAAGCAUCCGCACCUCCAACUCGGUCUUGGACCUCUUCCGAACCCCAGCCAUCCGCAAGGUCACUUGCUGUCUCAUGGUGGUCUGGUUCUCCAACUCCAUGGCUUACUACGGCCUGGCCAUGGACCUGCAGAAGUUUGGGCUCAGCGUCUACCUGGUGCAGGUCCUGUUCGGGGUCAUAGACAUCCCGGCCAUGCUGGUGGCCACCACCACCAUGAUCUACGUGGGCCGCCGGGCCACGGUGGCCUCCUUCCUCAUCGUGGCUGGGCUCAUGGUGAUCGCGAACAUGUUCGUGCCAGAAGAUAUGCAGACCCUGCGCACGGCCCAGGCGGCGCUGGGCAAAGGCUGCCUGGCCAGCUCCUUCAUCUGCGUGUACCUGUUCACGGGAGAGCUGUACCCCACGGAGAUCAGGCAGAUGGGGAUGGGCUUCACCUCGGUCAACGCCCGCCUCGGGGGCCUGGCGGCGCCCCUGGUCACCAUGCUCGGGGAGUUUGGCACGGUCCUGCCACCUGUGGGCUUCGGAGCCACCUCGAUCCUGGCCGGGCUGGCCGUCUGCUUCUUGGCUGAGACGCGCAACAUGCCCCUGGUGGAGACCAUUGAGGCGAUGGAGAGGAGAGUCAAAGCAGGCCUUUCAAGGAAGGAUGCAGAACAGAAGAGUGAAGAUAUUUCUCUGCAGCAGCUGGGGGCUUCUGCCCUUAAAGAAACCAUCUAAGCUGCCGAGAGCCUGGGGCUUGUGGCAGCACCUCAGCUGGGGCCCAGACAGUCCCAGGGAUUUCUCCCGACACUGACCGGGGUGAGGUCGGCUGAGGACUGGGGUGGCUGUGCAAGCCCACGACCAAGAGCCGCCCACAAACCAGGGUGAAGGCUGCAAGAAGGAAACCAACCAGCAGCAGCCCGUUGACGUUACAAAUGGACAGAAAGGAGAAGCCACGCCCAGGAACUCCCGCUUUCCCAUCCUCGGAUCUGCCUCUUAAAUUCUGUUCAUUCUUGUUCCACCUGGAACCACUGUGUCUUUGCAGAGUUAGGGUGACCUUUCUGCCCCUGUUGGCCCUGGAACAGCCCUGCCCCGCUUGUCCUUGAGGAACGUCCAAAACUCGCUGUGCCCCACUCACGUGGCAUUUACUCUUUCCUGCCUUAUCUGAUUCAAGCUCUCUUCCCCUGUGUGUGACUUCCCUCCUCCACUGAUAAAUGUCUCCACGGCAGGGCCUUCUUGCCCCUCGAAAUGGGCCUCGGAGAUGGUACCUGCUCCAUAAAUAGUUGAUGAAUAAAUG